CACCCGGAGUCUCUCACCGUCAUGGCUUACGCCAAAUUUUCUGGUGCUCCCCUGACAGUGAAUACCAUAAAUAACUCCUGGAGAGCUCCGAAAGGAGAUCUGCCACUUCUGGUAUCAGAAGAUAUUGUUAUUUCUCAGCCAGCAAAAAUACUGAACUUCUUAAGAAAGCAGAGAUACAAUGCUGAUUAUGAUUUGUCUGCAAAACAAGGAGCUGAUACACUGGCAUAUAUUGCACUACUUGAAGAGAAGCUGCUUCCUGCUCUGCUGCACACUUUCUGGAUUGAGGCUGAAAAUUACUGCAGUGUGACAAAGCCAUGGUUUGCCUCAAGGAUUGCCUUUCCAAUGAGUUUGUAUGUGCCUGGAAAGAUGUCCAGGGAAGCGCUGAACAGGAUCUUGCUGACCAAGGGAGGCCCUCCACUCUACAGUCUCACUGAAGUGGAAGCACAGAUAUACAGAGAUGCCAAGGAGUGUCUAAAUCUCCUGUCAAAGAGAUUGGGAACAUCUCAGUUUUUCUUUGGAGAUACGCCUACCACCUUGGAUGCCUUUGUGUUUGGUUUCCUUGCACCAAUUUAUAAGGUGUGCUUCCCAAGGGUACAGUUGCAGGAGCAUUUGAAACAACUUCCCAAUCUGUGUCGAUUUUGUGAUGAUAUUUUAACUUGUUACUUCAGGUUAACUGUCUCAGGCCAUUCUCCAGCUGGACAGGAUACAGCAGAUGCUAAUCUGCAGAAACUCACACAGCUUGUAAAUAAGGAAUCCAACUUGAUUGAAAAGAUGGAUGACAACCUUCGUAAGAGUCCUCAACAUCCCCCUCGUAAGCUCACAACACUCAAGCUUGCUGCAGGUGGAGAAGAAACUAGUCCAAUGAGUCGUUUAUCACCUUGACAUCUCUUGCUGCCCAUAUACAUGUGUUUUGUAACUCAACUGAGUGCCACAGUAAAUUUUUUUCACAUGAAUGUUUUGCAAGGGAAGAAUCUGCUAAUGGGUACAAGUAGAGAAGAAAUAGAGCUUUACAGUCUUCUAUCUACCUGUUCUUUUAAGAAAUUGUAUAGAUCAGGCUGGCCACACACUACGCUGAAGCUAAGCUAAGCUAAAUAAAGCUUGUUACUGCAGAUGUUAA